AGCAACUCUGCUGUCAACGCUCACAGGAUGCAACACGCACAGUGGCUGGCGUGCGCGCGCGCAGGCGGCCCCCUUCCCGCGCACACACGCCUGCGUCAUGCGUCCUGAGGGCUCCGGCACGAACUUGGAUGGAGCCCGGUAAAACGCGCAGCAGCAGUCUGGAGGACUGACUGGCGAACCGCGUCUUCCCAAGUGUUUUGGGAAAGUUGCGCUGCGAUUAUGGAGUACAUCGCGGCCAGCGGCAACGACAGCAACGGCACGAGCGGGACGGAGUGGGUCGAGGCUGGGAAUGGCACCGGGUCUGGGUCCUCGCCGGAGCUGGAGCUGAGCUACCAGAUCAUCACCUCCUUGUUCCUGGCUGCGCUCAUCCUCAGCUCCAUAUUUGGGAACGCGUGCGUCGUGGCCGCCAUCGCCCUGGAGCGAUCUCUCCAGAACGUUGCCAACUAUCUGAUCGGAUCUCUGGCGGUGACGGACCUCAUGGUGUCGGUGCUGGUUCUGCCCAUGGCCGCCCUGUAUCAGGUCCUGAACAAGUGGACUCUGGGGCAGGAAAUAUGUGACUUAUUCAUCUCUCUGGAUGUUCUGUGUUGCACGUCGUCCAUCCUGCACCUGUGCGCAAUCGCCUUGGACCGCUACUGGGCGAUAACUGACCCCAUUGACUAUGUAAACAAACGGACACCAAAAAGAGCGGCGAUUCUCAUCUGCGUGACCUGGUUAGUGGGUUUCUUGAUCUCCAUUCCGCCUAUGUUAGGCUGGAGGAGCGCAGAGGACCGAGCCAACCCGGACGCGUGCAUCAUCAGCCAGGACCCGGGCUACACCAUCUACUCCACAUUUGGGGCUUUUUACAUUCCACUCAUACUCAUGCUGGUGCUGUACGGGAAGAUUUUCAGAGCCGCGCGCUUCCGGAUUCGGAAAACGGUGAGGAAAGCGGAGAAGGCGAAAGUGGCGGACAAGUGCUUGACUCUCUCCCCCGCCGUCUUUCACAAGAGAACGAACGGGGAGUUUGGAGGGAAAGUGUGGAAGUCCAAGCCGGGCUCUCCGUGCGUAAACGGCGCGGUGAGGCACGGGGAAGAGGGCGAGUCGCUGGAGAUCAUAGAAGUCAUCAGCAAUUCCAACUCCAAAACCCACCUGCCUCUGCCCAACACGCCGCAGUCCUCGCACGGCUGCGAAAAUGUCAACGACAGGAACUCGGGCGCCAAGAGGAAGAUUGCGCUGGCGCGGGAGCGCAAGACGGUGAAAACGCUGGGCAUCAUCAUGGGGACCUUCAUCUUCUGCUGGCUGCCCUUCUUCAUCGUCGCACUGGUGUUGCCUUUCUGUGCAGAGAGCUGCUACAUGCCGGAGCUGCUGGGCGCCGUCAUCAACUGGCUGGGCUACUCCAACUCCCUGCUCAACCCCAUCAUAUAUGCCUACUUCAACAAAGACUUCCAAAGUGCUUUCAAGAAGAUCCUCAAAUGCAGAUUCCAUCGAGCAUGAACUGAGUGUGAACAUGGACUUUAAAUCAGGGACUUUUUCUGGCGAGAUGAGAAAGAGUGAACAAAAAAAAAAAAAAAAAAAAAAAAAAAAGCAGCAUCUGAUGAGCUCAUGUUUAUUCAGUGUUGUGACUACGGUAUAUAGUCUUUUGCCAUGCAAGACGUGUUGUUCUGAUUCCAUGCAUUUUACCAUGAGAGUGAGACACAUGGAGGUCUGCGCCUGUUACAUCAUGAGCUUUGUAGCACAAUAAAAGCAAUCAGAGGUUCCCAUAUCUAAGAUGAGUCAAGUUUUUAUUUAUUUAUUUUUUAAAUAGUGAGCAGAUCAGAUCCUCAGUUUCACUCCUUGGUGGAGCAGUGAGGGGACCAUCAUGACAGGCCACUCAAAGCGGAGGUGCAGAGUUCUGUAAACCUGUAACCUUCCUGCAACAAGUCAAUAGCAACACAUUACUUGCUGCAAUAACACAGAGAUCCGCUGAAUAGCCAUUGAACCCAGAGCUUAUCUGAUGACCACAUGACAAAACAUCACUCACACAACACUGAAACUACAGAGUCAGAAUAGAAGAUAAACGUAUU